UCUAAAUGCUUCGUCAUGUGUCCGAAUUAAAAAAAAAAAAAAAAUAGCUAGAGAAAGAAACGGGGAAAAAGGUUAAGACGCAGCUUCCUAUUGCUAUUUCCCAUCAGAGAGCCCUAAGCCAUCCCCCUCCCAAGUGCUCCUCAUGUUUCUAUAGUAAUUUCCAGCCAAUGAUCAGUAGGUGUCCACAUCCCAGCUUCCUCACCUCAGCACCAAUCAGCCACACACAGCGACAGGAGACACGGACCGAGCUAACACUCGGCUGCGACACAAUACACCCCGGACCAAGAGGAAACACCUAACCUUCCAUAUUUCACCUUCGCUUCCGAGCGCUUGAGAAGAUAAACCAGGAUGGUAACAUAUUGUUUGUAACCAACUUGAUCUUGACAAAGGCGAUUCCAACCCCAGACUUUUUUGUGAAACCUCAAGACGAUUGCAGCCAUGUCUAAUAUAAACAAUGCUCUUUGUAUUGAGAACGGACAGAAUGCUGAUGUGUCUCUCUUGCAAAAGGAUAAUCUUCAGGAAAGUGGAUUAAGUCAGAUUUUGGAUUAUAAUGCAGAAAUGGAAAGGUACAGGUCUUUUGCGAACUUUUACAAAACGAACGGGGCAUUUCCACAGACUGCGAAGAUUGCUCGCAUAACGACGCCGAUUUUUCCCAGCGCCAGAAUCGGCGUGUCCCCUUGGAACUGCGAUAACGCCAUGCUCUGGGGAAGGAAAUCAGCGGCAAUGAACCCUAAUAGGACCAGCAUGCAUAGAAAUGACUCCCAGAGGCCGGGGAAGCCUGGCGUGCCGCCAGAGACGUUGCAAAUGGCAAAUAAUAAUUUCCUCACUACCUUAUCCCCCGAACACUGCAGACCUUUAGCAGGAGAAUGCAUGAACAAGCUGAAAUGCGGCUCUGCUGAAGCAGAGAUAAUGAAUCUCCCGGAACGCGUUGGAACUUUUUCCGCUAUUCCGGCUUUAGGGGGCAUCUCAUUACCUCCCGGGGUCAUCGUCAUGACAGCCCUUCACUCCCCCGCAGCCUCGGCAGCCGUUACAGACAGUGCGUUUCAAAUUGCCAAUCUGGCAGACUGCCCGCAGAAUAAUUCUUCGGCGUCCAGCGGAAACCCGGCGAAGAAGAAGAGGAAAAGGUGCGGGGUCUGCGCGCCCUGCAGGAGGCUAAUCAACUGCGGGGUGUGCAGCAGUUGUCGGAACCGCAAAACCGGGCACCAGAUCUGCAAAUUUAGGAAAUGCGAGGAGUUGAAGAAAAAGCCAGGCACGUCGCUCGAGAGGACGCCGGUCACCAGCGGCGAAGCAUUCCGGUGGUUCUUCUAGCGUGCUGGCUCUAGGCCCCCUCAACCUGACGUCAGGUAACACGCAGGCUCAUCGCAGAAAGCACUUGUGGGGUUUGCCGACCCAAAAAACCCAGCUUUGGAGAAGAAGGAGAGAAAAAAAGAAAAGAAAAACAUUAUGGUGUUGGUUUAACUCUGUAAUUUCCUUUCAUGUGUAAUAAUGUACCUUUUGACAGUAUCAUAAUGUAUAUUUUUGGUGUCUAUGAAUGUGCUUCAGUGUUGUGACUGUACAAAUAACAGUCAUUCUUAUGUAAAGGACUCAAAAGACAAUCAUAACAAAUUAAAUAAAUAAAAGGCCACAAGGAUUAAAAUGUAAUUGCAACACUAUACACUUUUUAGAUCUGGAGCAAUAAUCAUUGAGGUGAUUACCCUUCGCCUGUUAAUUUACAUCCAUUUAAAUUUUUUUCUUACAUUUUAUCCCAUUUAGUUAAUUUGCGUAUCAUGGAUGCGAGUGGCCCGAGCUUUGAGAGUACUGCUAGGCCAUCUUCUUUCAUUAAUGAACUGUUUCAUGAUUGACACAGAGUGAGAAGACAGCUAUGGUGACUCGGUUUGUUUAUUUUUCUAGCUCCUCAGCACGUUGCAGAACAGGGCACAUUGUCUUGCGCAACGUGUUGCACUUUUGUAGAAGAAAUGUAAUUAUUCCCUUUUCUUAGCACAAGACUUCUAGUCUGGCAGGAAGACAUAGUCUAUUGUUUUGUCUACAUCUUGCUGUGAAAUAUUAAAAAAUGUGUUGUGUAAAUUCAAAAGGCAUGUGUUGGGGGAAAAGGACUUCAGAAAAAUGUCGCAAGUACAUUUUAGAUGGUUUUAAUGAGCUUGAAAAAAAAUCGUAAUGAGCAUUUUGCAUAACUGGUGGGCCUUUUUAGCUUUUUUGUUUUAAAUACAAAAGGUUCAUGAAAAAACAAGUUUGACGGAAAGGUAGGAAUACCAGUAAAGGAAUUCUAGUUUACAUUAAAGUAUUCGAAUUUAGCAUUCUGUAACAGUGCAGUACGGUACAGUAUAAAUAUCUGACGAGUUAUCCUGGGGGGAAAAAGGGAUCAUAUGUAUCUUCUCACUGCAGAGAUAAACUUGGCCAGCAGUCAUGUGUUGAAGUGAAGCAGAUGUACACAUUCCAAAUAAAUGAUUCAAUAAGUUACUCAUUGUCUUAAACCCUACUGUUGCAUGUGUAAAUGUGUUUUGGUUUUAAAGAUGACUAAGAAUUUGUAUAUUGUUGUUGUGAUGCUUUUACGUGUUAAAAUAAAAUAAGAAAAAAAAAAGCCUACAAAAAAGAAAACAUGAAAAAUAAUUUGAUGUCAAAGAAAUAAUGGAAAUUUUUAUUCUCACAUGUACAAUUAAACAUCAACUAUGAUCACCAUUA